AUGUAUUCAAGAUACCCGAUAAUUUGUUUUAUAUUUUUGGGCUUGUUGCUUGUUGUUUCAGGGUUACCGCGAAAUCUUGAAACUCUUUCAAAUCUGCACAAAACUAAUGAUGCUAGAAACUUCAUUGUUGGAGGUCGUAAAGCAGCUGAAGGCCAAUUUCCGUACCUUGUUUCGUUGAGAACGCCAUGGGGUGCUCAUUUCUGUGGUGGUGCUAUCAUAAACGACAGAUGGAUUUUAUCAGCAGCACAUUGUACAUUUUUCUUUGACAUCCCCGAGAUCAUUGCAGGGUCGGUCAGAUCUGACGCAGGUGGUGAACGUUAUGCAAUUAAACGCAUUGUUAAUCAUGAGAAUUUUGAUUUCAAUCGCGAUCCAUUCACUGACGAUAUUUGUUUGCUUCAAACAAAUCAAACAAUUCAAUUCAAUGAUUUAAUCCAAUCAAUUCCAUUAAGUCGUAAUCGGAUUUUUCGAAGUUCACGAGGUGUUAUUGCCGGAUGGGGAUGGAACGAAGGUGGACUUCAUUUAGAUCCAGAAAACUUUUUCCCAGUCGUUUCAGAAGAUUUAAAUUACAUCGAAGUCAGUGUUUUAUCACAUAUUGAAUGUACUUCGCGACUUUGGUUGUUUGCAAUGUAUUUACAAGUAAAUCAUGUUUGUACGUUUGCUGGUAGAGGUGCUGGAGUUUGCACUUUUGAUUCUGGAAGCCCUGUUGUUGUUGAUGGAGAGGUUGUUGGAAUAGCAGCUAUUGUGCUUCCAUGUGCUACAGGUAUUCCAGAUUGGGGGCCUCGCGUCAGUUCUUAUACAAGAUGGAUUGAUGCAAAUUUAAGAAAUUUUUCAUAAAAGCAAAAUAAUUUACGUCAAAUAAAAUUUAAAAUAUUGUCUGAAAAGCGAAGAAACUCAUCAUGUUAAUUGAAUUCUUUAUGCAUCUUUACCAUAUUUCUUAAUGGACAGA